UUUAGCAAACCACCUGCCCUCCUCACCAUCCUGCUUGCUUGGACACAAGGUCCAUGCCAACAUCUGUGUACGGCAUCCCCUCACUGCCCUGUGUCCUCAGCUGUUGACAUCUCUACGCUGGGAGCAGAAGGGAAGGAAGAUGGGAAGGGAAGGGCUGCCCAUGUCAAGUUACUGUUGCUAAGGGCCUGGUCCCUUCUGAUAACAUGUCCAAAGUACGUGAGACGAAGAAUGGUAUCUGCUUUUCUUCAGCUGUAAGGAAAUGGGGAAUCAUGGCACAGUUCUAAGAUUUCCAUCUACUCAUUUACUUCUCUCAACAAUUCUAUGAAUUCUACCUUCCCGGGACUCUGUGUCAAGAAGAGGAGAGAAUGACUAAGUUCCAGGAAGCAGUGACAUUUAAGGAUGUGGCUGUGGUCUUCACUGAGGAGGAGCUGGGGCUGCUAGACUCUGCCCAGAGGACGCUGUACCGAGAUGUGAUGCUGGAGAACUUCAGGAACCUGCUCUCAGUGGAGGACAAGCAUCAAAAUAAGAAUGAGAUUGAGACUCUUCAAAGGUUAAGGUACCAUUUAUAUGAAGAGCUUUCCUGCAAUCAUAUCUGGGAACAGGUUGUAGAAGAAUUAACUAGAAGUCAAGAUUCCACGAUAAAUCUUCAAGAGAAGAGUCCUUGGUUACUAAAACAAAAUGAUUUCCCCUGUCAGAUCUGGGCAGGGGUAUCUAUUGAGUUUUCUGAAGAGAACAACUAUCUAAUGAAUCUUCAAGGGAAUAGUUGCAAUAUUAAAAAUCAGAAGUUUCCAACUUGGAGAGUCGAAGAUUUGGGGAGGACAUCGUAUCUGAGUGAGUCACAGAAUUAUCAGAGUAGAUGUGAGCAACUUCCUGUGGAAAAAACCCUGUGUAAAUGUGAUCAGUGUGUUGACAGCUCCAGUUGGAUCUCAGUCCACCAUGAGGAUCACGGAGUACACCAGAGAGACAAAGCUUCUAGCCACAGCAGAAAAGACUUCAUGGAGAAAUCAUCACUUCAUCAGUGUAAUACAGUUGACAAAGGAGAGAAAACCUGCACGUGCAAUCAGUGUGACAAAGGCUUCGGUGAUGCCUCCAGUCUUGCACUUCAUCAGAAAUCGCACAUAGGGGAGAUACCCCAUACAUGUAGUGAGUGUGGAAAGGGUUUCAGUUAUAGCUCAGUUCUUCACAUUCAUGAGAGUGUUCACACCAGAGAGAAACACUAUAAGUGUGAUCAGUGUGCAAAGGGCGUCAGUCAGAGUUUGUACCUUCACACAUAUCAGAGAGGCCAUACACGGGACAAACCCUACACGUAUUAUGAAUGUGGCAAGGGCUUUGAUCAGAGCUCCUCUCUUCACACUCAUCAGCUUAUUCAUACAGAAGAGAAGCCUUUUAGGUGUGAUAGUUGUGGGAAGAGUUUCAGUUGUAGCUCUGAUCUUAACAUCCACUGUCGAAUCCACAGUGGAGAGAAACCCUAUAAAUGCAAGGAGUGUGGGAAAAGCUUCAGGCAGAGCUCACAUUAUCAAGCUCAUCUAAGAGUCCACACAGGAGAGAAAUCAUUUAAAUGUGAGGAUUAUGAAAAAGACUUCAGUGGGAGAUCAGCAUUUUGCAGUCAUCAACAAGUCCACUCCGGAAAGACCCCUCAUCAAUGUGAUAAGUGUCUUAAGGAUUUCAGUAGUAAGUCAGGUCUCUACAUCCAUCAGAAUGUUGAUACAGUUGAGAGACCUUAUAAGUGUGAGGAAUGUGGGAAGACCUUUAAUUGGAGUUCACAUCUUCACGUUCAUAAGAGGAUCCACACAGGAGAAAAACCCUAUAAAUGUGAGGAAUGUGGUAAGGGCUUCAGUCAGAAUUCACAUCUUCAAGCCCAUCAGAGAAUGCAUACUGGAGAGAAGCCAUACAAAUGUAAUAUUUGUGCUAAGGGCUUCAGUCGCAGUUCAUAUCUUCGGGUGCAUCAGCGAAUCCAUACUGGAGAGAAACCAUUUAAAUGUGUGGCAUGUGGUAAGGGCUUCCGGCAGCGCUCCUAUCUUCACACACAUCAGAGAGUUCACAUGGUAGAGAAACCCUACAAAUGUCAUGACUGUGGUAAGGGCUUUUGUCAGAGUUCUUCUCUUCAUGCUCAUCAGCUAAUUCACACAGAAAACAUGUCAUGUAGUUGUGAGAGGUAUGGGAAGAGCUUUAGUAAUGGCUCAGAUCAUAGUGUUUAUUGUAGAGUUCACACUGGCAAGAAAUCCUUUGAAUGUGAAAAGUGUGGGAAACGCUUCAGUUGGAUCUCGCAUCUUCAAGCUCAUCUAAGAGUCCACACAGAAGAGAAACCAUUUAAAUGUGAGGAUUGUGGAAAAGCCUUCAGUGGGAGAUCAGCGCUUCGCAGUCAUCAACAAAUCCACUCAAGAGAAACCCCCUAUCAGUGUGAUAAUUGUCUUAAGGGAUUCAGUAGUAAGUCAAGACUCCGUAUCCAUCAGAGAGUUCACACAGUUGAGAAACCUUAUAAGUGUGAGGAAUGUGGGAAAACCUUUAAUUGGAGCUCACAUCUUUACGUUCAUAGGAGGGUCCACACAGGAGAAAAACCCUAUAAAUGUAAGGAAUGUGGCAAGGGUUUCAGUCAGACUUCACAUCUUCAAGCCCAUCAGAGAAUCCAUACUGGAGAGAAACCAUUUAAAUGUAAUAUUUGUGCUAAGGGUUUCAGUCGGAGUUCUUAUCUUCGAAUUCAUCAGCAAAUCCAUACUGGAGAGAAACUAUUUAAAUGUAUGGCAUGUGGUAAGGGCUUCAGUCAGCGCCCCUAUCUUCACACACAUCAGAGAAUUCACAUGGUAGAGAAACCCUACAAAUACCGCAUCUUCAAGCUCAUCUGAGAGUCCAUACUGAUGAGAAACCAUACAAUUGCGAUGCAUGUGGUAAGGUCUUCAUAGUUCAUCUCUUCACAUCUACCAGGGAGUCCACACAGGAGAGAAACCAUACAAAUGUAUUAUGUGUGAUAGGGGCUUCAGUUGGAGCUCAUAUCUUCAAGUUCAUCAGAUAGUCCAUGCUAAAGAGAAGCCAUACAAAUGUGAUGCAUGUGAUAAGAGUUUCAGUUGGAGUUCAAGUCUUUUUUGCUGACCCUCUACCAAGCAUGAUGUCCUUCCCCAGAGACUGGAACCUCCUGAUAACAUGUCCAAAGCACUUGAGACGAAGUCUUGCCAUCCUUGUUUCUAAGGAGCAUUUUGGCUGUACUUCUUCCAAGACAGAUUCGUUUGUUCUUCUGGCAGUCGAUGGUAUAUUCAGUGUAAACGUAUAUAAACAUAAGUGUGAGGAGUGUGGAAAAGACUUCAGCAGAAGAUCCACACUACACAAUUAUCAACAAGUCCAUAAGGGAAAAAGCCUCUAUCAAUGUGAUAAAUGUGGUAAGGGCUUUAAUAAUAAAUCAAGUCUCUGUAGCCAUCAGAGAAAUCACACAGGAAAGAAACACUACAAAUGUGAGAAGUGUAGAAGGGCUUCACUUGGAGCUCACAUCUUCAAGCCCACCUGAGAGUCCAUACUGGUGAGAAACCAUACAAGUGCAAUGAUGCAUGUGGUAAGAUUUUCAGUUAUAGUUUAUCUCUUUACGUUCAUCAGAGUCCACACAGGAGAAACCAUAGAAAUGUAAUUGAUUUGAUAAGAGUUGUAGUUAGAGUUCAAGUCUUCAAUUUCAUCAGAAACUCCAUCAUCAUUAUGAAACUUAUAACAAGGACUUCAGUCAGAGCUCAUAAUCGCCACACACAUGAAGAGAAACCCUGUAAGUAUGUAUGAGAAGGGCUUUAGUCAGAGUUUACAUCUUGAAGUUCAUCAGAAAGUCCACAAUGGAGAAAAACCCUAAAAAUGUGAGAAUGUGGAAGAAGUUUUAGUGGAAGACCUACAUUUCGCAAUCAUUAAAAUUUCAUAUGGAGAACCCCUUCUACCCCCACAUCAAUAUGAUAAGAGUUGUAAGAGUUUUAAUAAUAAAUCAAGUCUCCAUACCCAUCAGAGAGUUCACACAGGAGAGAAACCUUGCAAAUGUGAAAACUGUGGGGAGAGCUUUAGUUAGAGCUCAUAUUUUCUCAUGUCAGUGUUCAUUUAGGAGAGAAACCCUAUACGUUUUCCCAUCUUCAAGCUUAUCAAAGAAUCCACAAUGAAGAGAACCUAUACAAAUACAAGGAGUGUGUGUGGUAAGGGCUUUUUUUAAAAUAACUCAAUCUUUAUUAGCAUCAGGUUAUCCACUAAGAAGAGACAUUCUUUAAAAUGAUGUGUUUUAAGGACCCAAAAGGGAGUUGUAUUCUUCAACAAUCAUCAGAGUCCAAAUAGGAGAGAAAACUUGUUUUGUUAAUGCAGUCAGUAUCUCAGCCAAAGCAUGAAAUAUCACAGUUCACAAAGAAACUACAUGGCAGAGAACUCCCUAAGAGUGGUAUGGUGAGGACUUUAAUAAAAACCUUUGUGUUCAUCAGUAUACACAGCAGAGAGGACUUAAAAAUGAUAACAACAUGGUCAGGACUUUAACGGGAGUUAGAAGAUGGACAUGAAAUAAAUCAGCGUCAGUGAGAACUUAAGCUUCGUGAGGACUGGACUUCCUUCAGUGUCUAUUGUUAGUUGCUGUUGAGUUAAUUAUGACUCAUGGCACUUCCAUAUGCGCAGAGUACAACUGCUACAUAGGGUUUUCAAGGCUGUGACCUUUUGGAAGCCUGUCUUCCAAGACACCUGUGGGUGGGUUUGAACCACCAGUCUUUCAGUUAGUAGUCAAGCACUUAACCUUUUGUGCCAUGCAUAAAUGGGACGUUGUGGUGAAAUGAAUUCCUUUGUGUGGCCUUUUGCCUUGGUUCUUGCGGAAAAACAGCUUACGAGAUUUUUCCCCUAAGCCCUGAGAGUUACCUUUGCCCUAGUUUUCUACCCCAGAGGGUUUGUUACUUUAGUCCAGGUUGAUUGAUAUUUCCUGGAUAAGCUGUAAACAACUUGUAGUUUUAAUGCUUUUUGUCUGGCCCUGGGCUGCCGCCUACGCUGUGAUUGGUAUGCACCUUGCAGAGGCUGGUCAAUAGACUAUGCAAAUUAAGUUUCUAUAGCCUACUAUGCAAAUGAAGUAUCUGUGGCCUACAGAGAGGAGAUUGGUUAGUUCGUGGCCCUGGUGGGGAGGGCCAUGCCUUGAAAUUGACAAGGAGUUUGUGUAUAUAUGCAACCAACCCCACAGAGGUUUUUGAGGCAGGAGGCAGACAGAAGUAGAAGGAAGAUAGAAGAAGCAGAGAGGAAGCAAAGAACCUCCUAAAAGAGCUGUGACAUGGGUCAAGGGCUGUAACACUGAAGACAGACAGAGGUCCAGAAGGGGCCCUGCAGUAGACCUGGCGAUGACAUGCCCAGAAGGAGCCCAGGAGCGGAGACAGUGGUGACAGGCUUGGCAGGGGCCCUGCAGCAGAGUUGGUGGUGGUGGCAGGGAGGCUGAAGGCAGAGAUGCCUGUUCUCAUGGUCUGAAAGGAACCUGUCCUCAAGGGGCCAAUAGGAGCCUGUCCUGAGGGGACCAAGAGGAGGCUUUUCCUGAGGGAACCGAGAGGAGGCCUGUCCUGAGGGGGCUGAGAGAAAGCCUGUUCUGAGAUGGCUGAGAGAGGGUUUGCAUGGCAGAGAGAGGUCAUGCAUGGAAGAGAGGGCAUGCACAUCAGAGAGAAGGGCCUGCUUGCUUCCAUGGCUGAGAGGAGCUGAGAGACCUGUCCUUCACUGAAGAAGGGAGGGAUGUAUUCUUCACUUCAGGGGAGCCUUCCAGAUUUUGCCUACAUACUCCUUGAUCCUAAUCCCAAGUUGUAGUCUGUUGAUCCUGAUCCUGAGUUGUACCCUCUUACUUCCUUAAUAAA